UAAUUAGUUGUUUUCCAGUUAUGGUAUGUGCUUUCAAAAACCUUAGCAGAAGAGGCUGCUUGGAAAUUUGCAAAAGAAAAUUCAAUUGACUUGGUUACAUUAAGUCCAGGAAUUGUGAUUGGACCUCCGUUGCAGCCAACUCUUAAUGAGACUGUGGAGAUGAUUCUUAAACUUGUAAAUGGAGCACAAACAUACCCUGAUGCACAUUAUAGAUCAGUUGAUGUUCGGGAUGUUGCCGAUGCACAUAUUCGUGCCUUUGAGAUUCCUUCAGCUAAUGGAAGAUAUUGUCUAGUAACAAAUGCUCUCCACUUUUCUGAAGUUUUAAAGAUUGUUCAUCAACAUUACCCUACUUUGAACCUUCCUAAAAAAUGUGUUACCAACGACCUCAACAACUUGUCCAUGUCAACGUACAUGGUAUCAAUGGAGAAGGCAAAAACAUUGGGAAUUAGCUUCAUUCCUUUGGAAGUGACUCUUAGAGACACUAUUGAAAGCUUGAAGGAGAAGGGCUUCCUCAGCAUCUGAUUUAGACUGUAUCUGCUACUGAAAUAAUGCAAAAACAAGUGGGUAAAAUGAAAGAGAAAAUAUGAAAUUCUCCAUAUAUGACAGCAGAAACACAGAUUUUCCAAUUUUGGUAGAAAUAAAAGAUGAACUUCUGUUUA